AUUUGACAUAGAGAGGCAUAACUAAUUUAGUCACCCUGUCGUCAACACCACCACCAUCACCACCACCUCCAGUCAACACCACGUCAACACCACGUCAACACCACUACUAACAUCGGUGCUACGUGGAUUUCUCUUUCUCUUUAACUUUGAAGGUAAGGCCCCCGCGGCCCUACAUGGUCGGCAGCGUGUCGGCCGGGAUGCAUCGCUUGGCUGAGCUCCUCGGGUGGCGGCGGUGGCGCGGCGAGCUGCCAAAGUCGGCGGGUGACAGGGCCAGCCGGCGCAGGCUGUUGCGGCGGCGGAAGAAGAAGAGGGCGCAGACACAGGAGGAGCAGUGGGAGCACCCACAGCAGGCACAGCAGACACCGCAACCACAGCGGGAACCACAGGCCCAGCAAGAGCAGCAGGUACAGGAAAUACCGGUGGUACAGCAGGCACCGUUGGUACAGCAGGCACCGCUUGUACAGCAGGCACCGCUGGUACAGCAGGCACCGCUGGUACAGCAGGCACCGCAGGUACAGCAGGCACCGCUGGUACAGCAGGCACCGCUGGUACGGCAGGCACCGCUGGUACAGCAGGCAUCGCUGGUACGGCAGGCACCGCUGGUACAGCAGGCAACGCUUGUACAGCAGGCAACGCUUGUACAGCAGGCAUCGCUGGUACAGCAGGCAACGCUUGUACAGCAGGCAGCGCAGGCCCAGAAGGCACCGCAGACCCUGCAGGAGCAGGAGCAGGAGCGUGAGGCGGAGCCUGAGCAUGAGAGUGACAGCGGCGACGACAGCGCCUCGUGUGUGUGCAGCACGCCGCGGGCGACGCCCCUGCCGUCUCUGGCAUCCUCCAGCGACCUGGACGACGAAGUGUUCGAGGACGAGGAGACGCUCUCCCUGACUCUUCCCGCGGCGCCGCCCCCGCAGCAUUACUCGCCCCGCGACCACCACUCCCGCGGCCACCACGCCGACAGCGUGGCGUUCCCUGCCUGCCGCCGGCACUCCAAGACGCUGCCCGCCGAGCUUCUGCAGCUGCCGACCAUCCUAUGGGAGGGGCAGCCGCCGCAGGAGGGUGUCCUCGGCCACGCCAGGCACAAGAAUGACCCCGACGUGGCCAUCAGCCUGCCACACACAGCGCCGCCCUCGCCGCAGCCGCCGCCGCCGCGGGUGCCGGAGGUCACGUUUGACGAGCAGGCCGUGCGGGCGGCCCGGGCCAGGCCGGCCAGCCCUUGCUUCGCCCCCAGGAAGGCGCCCUUCACGGUGAAGUACACCAAGGUGUACGGCGAGGCGGACUUAGCCUACAACAACGACUCUCGGCCGCGCGGCCUCGUGUUCGUGUGCAACUUCAAGUACUUUGCGAACAACAGAUACAGUCCGCGCGUGGGCUCCGAGAAGGACUUCGAGAACCUGGUGAGCCUGUUCACGCAGAUGGGCUACAACCCCGAGCACCGCCGCCGCCGCUUCUGCCUGACGGGCCGCGUCAGCAAGGCGGACUUCCUGCAGCGGCUGCGGGAAUUCGCGGUGGAGGCGAAGCACAAGCAUCUGUGCUCCUGCGUGGUGAUCCUGAUGAGCCACGGCACCGGCCCGCGCACCUUCGUCACCUCCGACAACCUCGCGGUGGACCUCCUCGACGUCUACAAGAUCUUCGACAACAUCAACUGCCCCAACCUGAAGGGCAAGCCCAAGAUCUUCAUCCUGCAGUUCUGCCGCGGCGAGGAGCCCGCCGCCGCGGCCCGGCAGGAGGCGCCGUCGCCGGACAGCCCCGGAAAUCAGGCGCGGCGGCAGGUGAGCGACGAGCUGCUGGAGAAGAUGGUGAAGAGGCAGGUCAGCCUCAUCCUGCGGGACUACCUCAGGGAGCGGCCCGCCCUGCUGGGCCCCGGGGGCGGCGACGACGGCCUCGCGCUGCGGCACAUCAAGGAGCACAGCCGCCAGGCCUCGCUGGCCUCGCUCGCCUCCGUCAUCCAGGAGGCCGAGGGCAGCGAGGACGGCGACGCUGCUAGCGUGGCGGGCGGCGGGGGCGGAGGCGGGGACGGGCCGCAGCACUACGAGGCGGACACGAGCGUGAUCGCGGCGCUGCCCGCGGCGGGGCUGCAGCGGUACUCGGACAUGUACUCCAUCUUCUCCACGUCGCCGGGCGAGCUGUCGCACCGCCACCCCGCCAAGGGCUCGCUGCUGGUCCAGGCCGUCUGCCACGUGUUCGCCGAGUACGCUUACCAGGACGACAUCGACACGCUGGUGCGCCGCGUCUCCACCUACAUGACCAAGACGCUGCAACGCGACGACCCCAUCACCGUGCCGCGCCAGACCUGCGAGCGGACCAACAACGGCCUCGACAAGCUCUUCUACUUCAACCCCUUCGAGAUGGAGCAGAACAGGCAGCUCACCAUCUGAGCCGCGACCACGCCGGCCGCCACCACGGCACACUAGCUACGCCAAGGCAGCAGCAGCGACAACAGCACCAGGAGCAGCGAGCCCUGUGUGGGCGGUGGACGGAAACCUGCCGAGCGCACGCAGGGUCGCUAUAAUUCU